GGGGGGGGAGAUGGGGGGGGUCGGGUGGUGAUGUUUCUAUUUUGCUUAAUGUAUGUAGGGUUUGGUGUCAGUGUUGCUCGUGCUGUUCAUUUGUGUUUCUUUGGUGGCGAGAGAGGUUGGGGUUGGCCUAGGGUGUGGCUGUUCAUUUGUGGUUGGCUGUGGUGGUCUUUGUUUUCGUGUGUGAGUGGGGUGCGCGGGUGUUUUGGAUCAGGUUAGCCAUACUGAUUUGUAUGCUGUUGGUGGAUUAUUGUCAUUGUCUUGUUGGGCUGUGCAUGUGAUAAAAGGGAGCCAUACUGGGGUAAAGGCGUCUUCUUCUGUUUGUCCUCAUAUCAGUUUCAGUUUAUUGGUUAAUUUUUCUAGUAGGGCUGUUUCCCAUACUAUUUGGUACCAUUGGUCCAUACUUACUCCUGACAGGUCUCUCCAGUGUCUGGUUACGGUGUUUCUGGCUGCUGAAAGUAGGUGGGUUAUGAGUUCCCAAAUAGUUGUAGUUGAGGAAUUGUUGUUGUUGUUGUUUAGUCGUUUAGUCGUGUCCGACUCUUCGUGACCCCAUGGACCCAGAGCACGCCAGGCACUUCUGUCUUCCACUGCCUCCCGCAGUUUGGUCAAACUCAUGCUGGUAGCUUCGAGAACACUAUCCAACCAUCUCGUCCUUUUUCCUCCCCUUUUCCUUGUGCCCUCCAUCUUUCCCAACAUCAGGGUCUUUUCCAGGGAGUCUUCUCUUCUCAUGAGGUGGCCAAAGUUUUGGAGCCUCAGCUUCACGAUCUGUCCUUCCAGUGAACACUCAGGGCUGAUUUCCUUAAGAAUGGAUAGGUUUGAUCUUCUUACAAUAGUUGAGGAAUAGAUCAUGUUAAUCAUGAAUUUUGUUGGCAUCCAUCUGUCUACAGAGACAAUGGAAUGUGCCUCUGGGAGUGAAGUCAAACUGCUGCCUUAGCAGCACUGAAAUGACCUCCUGGGAGGACAAGCCUGAGCAGUGUCUGUGGAGGUCCAAGACCACCCCCCCUUGGCCUCACUGAUGUGGUCCAAAGAAAAGCAGAACAAUCCGGUUGGCACCAGCUUGGCUGCAGGAGUUGCUGGAAGGAAGUGUACAAGGCACUGUCCAACCGUUUUACGGAUUCCACUUGUGUGCAGUUUGCUCCUUAGCCUUUUCUUCUCCAGAAUACAGUGGUACCUCGGGUUAAGUACUUAAUUCGUUCCGGAGGUCCGUUCUUAACCUGAAACUGUUCUUAACCUGAGGUACCACUUUAGUUAAUGGGGCCUCCUGCUGCUGCUGCGCCGCCAGAGAACAAUUUCUGUUCUCAUCCUGAAGCAAAGUUCUUAACCCAAGGUACUAUUUCUGGGUUAGCGGAGUCUGUAACCUGAAGCGUCUAUAACCCGAAGCAUCUGUAACCCGAGGUACCACUGUAUAUCCUGCAAGGCUGUCGAGGUUUAGGACCAGAGUUUUCCUUCUAGGUGGGCUACCUUCCCAGGCUGAGCAGCCUCAUCUGCCCCACAUACUAUACAUAAAGUAACUGCAAUCCUAUGCACGUUACUCAGAGGUCUCAAUGAGGAUUACUCUCUAGCAAUCGGGCUUAAAAACCUGCAGCCAACGAGUUGCGGAUUGCAAUUCCACGCGCGUUUACCGGAGAGGAAGCGCCCCUGCAAUCAGCGGGGAUUCACUGCCGAGUAAACGCGAGUAGAUUCGGAAAUCGAACCCCGCACUUUCACCUGCAAAGCGGAUGAAAGCGAGCAGCAGAAGUGAAAGCGAUCCCUCCUUUCUUUCUGGCUGGCGGAAGACGUUCCCCUCUCCUUGGCCCAAGCGGAAAGGCGGCGCCUCCUCUCCCGCAGCGCGUCGCUCGAUCAGCUGACGGCCCCCAUCUCCAAAAGGCCCGAAGCGAGGGCGAAGGAUCAGCCAUGGCCGGGCAGCCGCAAGCCGAGGGGGCACUUCGGAAGGCGCUAGAGGAUCACCUGCACAGCCUGGGCAUCCAAGCACUGGCCGUGGAGCACCCCGAGGUGAGGGGAGUGCGCGGAUCGCGGGCGCACGUGGAGGAGGAAGAGGCAGGGAAGAGCCGUUGCCACGUGGCUGGCUCAGAUUAGCAGCCUCCUGGUGCUUAUGCGUCCUGGCCAAAGCGGGUGUUUGGAGGAGAGGCGUGGAGAAAAUCGGUAUAAAGUUUUUCUCCCUGUUUCAUAGGACGAGUGGGCACCCAACCAAGCUGACUGUUGGACGAUCCAGGGCAGAUGAAAUAACAACUUCACGCAACGCAGAGUUUUAACUAUGCAGAACUCACUCCCGCAGGGCCAGCAACCUGGAUAGAGUUAAGAAAUGGGAGAAAUCCAGGGAGGCGGCGGCUAACAAUGGCUGCUAACCAGGAUACCUAUGCCCUGCUUCCAAGAUCAGAGGCAGAAAUGCUUCUGAAUAACCUUGGAAACCAAGGGCGGGGAGAGUGCUGUUGUUUCCCACAUUUCCCACACAGUGCUGUUGUUGGCCACUGAGAGAGCAGGAUUCUGGACCAGAUGGGUCUUGGCCAGAUCCAGUAGGUUAUGACUACAGUCUGAUGCCGAUGCCCUGCUCGGAGCGUUUUUCUUACAGUACUCUCCAAUAUCAAGUUUACAGCUCCAAAGCAAUAAAACCAGUGUAGACACAUUAGGAUAGCAAGUCUUAUAAUGACAAAUAAUAAAAGAAACAGCUCUAACUUGGGAAAGAGAAUGGCACUCUGGACACGCUCAUAGGGGCUUAAUUUCUAAUUUGACAGCUGCUGCUAUUAUUAUUAUUAUUAUUAUUAUUAUUAUUAUUAUUAUUUUAUUCCUUUGACAAGAACAAGCUAGGAAUUCAGUAGGGUAAACAUGAUUUUGUGUUUUGUUGGCAGGGGAGAAAUAAUGCAAUUAAUUAUGUUACACUUACUGAUGCAAUCCUACGCAUGUUCUACCCCAAAGUAAACUGCACUGAGUUCAAUAGGGUUUACUCCCAGGCAAGUGUUUAGUGUUUAAUAUUAGUUAAGAUCGUAACAGCCUGCAGGAUCAGGCCUAUGGCCUAUCUAACCUGGCAAUCCUGUUCUCACAAGGACCAACCAGGUUGAAGAUAGGAGUGUGAUAGGAAGUUUUUUACUCAUGUGAAACUGCAUUAUAACACCUUUGCCAUCACAUGAGAAAAAAAAGCAAGCAACCCCAUAAUCUGAGAUAAAGAGUUAAUAAAACAAGGCAAUUUUUGUGCAUUAUCAAAUGUGGGUCCAAGAAACGAGGAAUCCUACUAGCCACUUGAGAGCAUUGACCACACUGCAACUACAGUGUUAGUUAGAACUAGUUGCCGCUUCUAACAUGAAACUGAUAUAAGUAAGGGGAAAUCGGGUCGAUUGCUCUGGAGCUCUUCACACCCUCCCUCCCCAUCACUUGGAUAAACCUGGGUGUGACUAGUUGCUGGACAGUGACCCACAUGGAACGCAUCCUGAUAUAGUCCCUUCUCCUUGCUGAAAAUGAUCUCGAGCUCAGGCUCAGAAGGCAUAUUUCUGGAUUUAAACUACAGUGGUACCUCAGGUUAAGAACGUAAUUUGUUCUGGAGGUCUGUUCUUAACCUGAAACUGUUCUUAACCUGAGACACCACUUUAACUAAUGGGGCCUCCCGCUGCCGCACGAUUUCUGUUCUCAUCCUGAAGCAAAGUUCUUAACCUGAGGUACUAUUUCUGGAGUCUGUAACCUGAAGCGUCUGUAACCAGAGGCACCACUGUAGUCAGUCUUGUUCCUGUAUAGGAAGCCUGUGGAAACAUUCCGCUUGGGAGUUCUCCUGUAUGCACUAUGUUGGAAUGAGCAAGAUUUUUGCAGUCAUUGCAUUGGGGUUUGCGCAUGAGUCAUUCUGUGAAUUGUGGCUUAUGUGUAAUUUGAAAAGCUCGGCCAAUGGAUUGUGCAAAAAAUAGCCAAACUAUUUCAAUUAUCUCUUUUAGGUGUUCACAGUUGAAGAAAUGAUGCCUUACGUCCAGCAUCUGAAAGGAGCACACAGCAAAAACCUUUUCCUUAAAGAUAAGAAGAAAAAAGGGUUCUGGCUGGUGACGGUCCUGCACGACAGGCAAAUCAAUUUAAAUGACUUGGCAAAGAAACUAGGUGUCGGAAGCGGGAAUCUUCGUUUUGCUGACGAAGCGGCCAUGCUUGAGAAGCUGAAAGUUGGCCAGGGGUGUGCAACGCCCCUAGCUCUUUUCUGUGACCAGGGAGAUGUGAAGUUUGUGUUGGAUUCUGGCUUUUUGGAAGGAGGCCACGACAUGCUGUAUUUUCACCCAAUGACAAAUGCAGCAACUAUGGGACUACAUCCAGAUGACUUUCUAAGAUUCCUAAAGUCCACAGGACAUGAGCCUACAAUUGUACAUUUUGAUGAAAGUGACAAGUAGCUUUACACCACCAUUUUAUAUGUAAAAUCAUGUCAUGAAAAUUUAAAGAUGCUAGCUCUCCGUUAAUUUUGUAUAGUUUUUUCAAAAUUUUAGUAGUUUAUCUUUAGUUGGGAAGUUACUACCGGUUUCAUGAUGUAUUUGGUAAUGAUAAUCCACACCACACUUUUAAAGCGCACUUAUAUAGUCAUGGUUAUCCCCCCCGCAAAGAAUCUUGUGAACUGUAGUGUACCCCUCUCAAAGCUAUAAUUGUCAGCACCCUUUGUUGUUGCUGUUGUUGUUUAGUCAUUUAGUCGUGUCCGACUCUUCGUGACCCCAUGGACCAGAGCACGCCAGGCACUCCUGUCUUCCACUGCCUCCCACAGUUUGGUCAGACUCAUGUUUGUAGCUUCGAGAACACUGUCCAGCCUUCUCGUCCUCUGUCGUCCCCUUCUCAUUGUGCUCUCAAUCUUUCCCAACAUCAGGGUCUUUUCCAGGGAGUCUUCUCUUCUCAUGAGGUGGCCAAAGUAUUGGAGCCUCAGCUUCAGGAUCUGUCCUUCCAGUGAGCACUCAGGGCUGAUUUCCUUCAGAAUGGAGAGGUUUGAUCUUCUUGCAGUCCAUGGGACUCUCAAGAGUCUCCUCCAGCACCAUAAUUCAAAAGCAUCAAUUCUUCGGCGAUCAGCCUUCUUUAUGGUCCAGCUCUCACUUCCAGCACCCUUAACAAGCCUUAAACACAGAUCCCAGGAUUCUUGGGAGGCAGAGUUUGGACAGGUAAGCCAUGGCUGUUAAAGUGGUAAAGGAGUGCUUCAAGUUUGUGGUGUGGAUGUGACCAUUGAUAUUUCCAGCCACAUCAGUCUAUGUGAGUGGCUGUGAUUUGGUGGUAAGGCCACAUGUUUGAAAUCUAGAAUGUCUGAUUCAGUACUUAAAAUCUCCACCCUUUGUGGCAACCAGUACAAUUUACGCAAUUCCAAAUACAACCACAUUUGACUUAAUCGUUUCCCACUCAGGUACAAUGGGUGGUGGCUAUAAGCAACAAACAUGAUUUUAUUAUUUUCCAGAUACAGAGUCCUUAUUAAUUCAACUUUAGUUCCAACUCUAUGCUUAGGAAGGACCAAAUAAAAGCAUCUUUGAAAAAGGCAAAUAAAGAGAGAGGGAAAGUUGAGUUAUUUGGCUUGGAAUUUUAAUAACAUAAUUAAGUAGUGUUCAAUGGCAAACAUUACAAAACUCCUUAAUAGGUAUAAGAAAGGAAAACUACAGCUUUAAAUAACAGCUUCUGUAAAACAGUGUUUAAACAGUUUGUGUCGCACCCAGGUGCUCCCUCCUUUUAAGGCAGUUCCAUUCUUAACAAUGCUUGAGCUACAUACACACACACACACACACACACACACUCACGCAUACACACAACAGUUCACACCAUUGCUGGAGCUGCUCUCAGAACACAAAACAUUUUAAGAAACAAUGCAUUCUGGAAAAGGCGAUUGUAGCCUUGGCAACUGCAGCAGCAGAGCGGAAAUUAAAACAUUUCAUUGUAUUACAACACAUUUCCAGCUUCCACUUUCCAGCUGCUGGAUAUUGUCUUGUACAGUGAAAAAGCCCUUGCAUUUAGUUUUAAAGGUGCUGGGAUUUAAACAGAUGGCGAAGUGACACAUUAAUUUCUGACACUGUCACAGACUUUAUAAAGUUUUUAAAAAAGUUAAUUAUUUUUAGAAACGGGGUAGACGGCAAUGAAAAUUGAGAUUAAGUGGGAGGACCAUUUCAAUUUUCUUUCUGAUUCAUUAAGUGAUGGAAUCUAGAGAGAUCAGGGAGCCAGGUUAUACUCCUCAAUGUGCUCUGGGAAGGGAAGCUAAAAAUAUACAGGGCUUUGGUUCUCCUGCAUAAAAUCCAGGCACUGUUUUCUGUUAAGCUGUUAGCAGAAAACCAUCUGGCUUUAUACAAAACAAAUUACUAGGCUUGUUGAGAAAGAGCUAGAGAAGCAAAAGGUUUGCAGCUCGUGAGCCUCUUCCUCUGCAAAAUAUCAAUGAAUUAAGUUUUGUUAAGGGAAGAUUGUAUUUCGGUCUUAAAACUUUGAAUUAUGCUAUUAAAAACAAAAACAACCACCAACAAAACCUUACACAUAGUGCUAACUCCAGCCUAUUGCCAAAACAGGUAAAUCAUAAAAGGCAUGAUCUUGCGUUGACUUUGCCUGUGCUAGUGUUGUGAAAAUAAAGCAACGCUCUUGCGCAACUCCCUUUGACUUCAAGGGAGGCCUGCAUGCACAAGAGAAGUUCCAGGUAGAUGAGAGUCAGUCUCUAGCUGAUAUAAUUGCCUGUAGAAAGGUAGAGUCCAUGUGAAACAAAUCAUUAAGCCAAAGCACACAGGAAUAUGAAACAAGUGCAAAGCUCAAAAAGGUGCAAAUCUUAAGAAAAUAGGUAUGGUCAAUCAGCGGGUUGGUAAAUGCAUGAAAAACACACGAUUGUUCCUGAAAGCUUGAGAGUCUAUAAACAAAGCAACAGAAGCUUAGGAUCAGUUCAUAAAAAAACAAGCUGAUCUACAAAGCUAGCUAAUCACCAUCUCCAUGUACACCCACAUUUAGAAACAUCAAUGUUCCCAGAUAUUAAAAUCAUCCUUUUAAAAGAUCCCGUAUCUUCAGAGGGGAAGAGACUGGUGACACAAGACAGGGUGGCACAACCCGCUACUGAACAAAAUUACUGAUGUGUUUUAUGUGAUUUUCAUAUGCCUAGCAACCGUCCUCUCCUGUUUUCCCCUUAUGACAAUCAAGGGGAGCGUACUGUUCACUCAUUUUAUUUUAUUUUUAUUCUGACAAAAUCAUAGUCAAGGAUGCAUGGUAAUAUUUGAAAGGCCAUGGACUCAGAAAUUACCAAUUAUGGCCACAAUCCUACCAUCCCAUGCAGAGGGUAGGAAGUACAUACAACUUUUAGGCUGAAGAGACUCUCCAUACACACUAGCUGUAUGCUGCCUGUAAUUUAUUAUUAUUUAUUAAAAGUAUUUAUAAUAUGCAUCCCCCUCCAGGGUUGAAAGAUGCACAGCCUGAACCAAAAUUAAACCGUAAGAUAAAUAAAAUAAAAAGCCUGGACAUUAGAUGACCCGCUUGGGGGAGAGAGAGAGAGAGAGAGAGAGAGAGAGAGAGAGUGUGUGUGUGUGUGUGUGUGUGUGGCUUCAUCCAGUUACAUGCUUGCUGUUCAGGAACAUGCCUGACACAGCCAUGGGGGGAAUUCUGAAUGUUUGCUGCUCUCAGGACAGGAUUGGAAUGGUAUGGUAUGGCGAGCUACUCUGCCUAUCUGGCCCCUGCUGUGUUUCAUUUGCACCUUGCUGUUUCAUUUGCCAGUGGGGGAAACAGAACCUAUUCUUACAUUACAAGUAACAUUAGUAAUCAUUUGCAAGAAGCCUGAUGGCUGUAAUAAACAUUUGCAACGCUGUACAAAAUGCUUUCUUUAAAAAAAAAUGUUUGAUAUUAACAUAGGGGGCUCCGGUCCCAGCCCAAUAGGAGUUUACUAGGUCGGUCUUCACAAACAUAGCACCCUCCAGAUGUUUUGGAUUACAACGCUCCAUAGAAUCAUAGAAUUGUAGAGCUGGAAGGGACUAUGAGGGUCAUCUAGUCCAACCCCCGGCAAAGCAGGAAACUUUUGCCCAACAUGGGGCUUGAACCCACAACCCUGAGAUGAAGCAGACCCAGCCAGCAGCCAUGUUGGCUGGGAAUGAUAGGAGUUGUAGACCAAAACAUCUGGUGGGCCCCAGAAUAGCAAGGAAUGGGCUUUUAGAUAUAGUACAAUUCCUUGCAAAUAGUUUGGCUGAGAUAAAAAUGAAGCGUGGUGAUGAGGUUUAAGGAUGCCCAUGUGCAUAAAAAUAUUAGCAAGGUUGAAUGAACCCAAUGAGGUUAAAUGGUUAAAAUGCGAUAUAUUGUCAUGGAAAUAUUAAUACAUUAGUGACUCGUAAGAAAAUAAACCUUUGAAAUUUAAUAUAAACCAGGAUAAUUUCAUGUACAUUUCCCAGGAUUAACCAAAUCUAUUUUCCUGUGCUCUUUGCAAGAGUUUUAAGACAAAUGCAUACAACAAAUAUUUUUAAAGUACCAACAGCAUUAAUAAAUCUUAAUUCAUAUACAAUUAUAAGGAACAAAAAGGUGGAAAUAUUAGUAAGAGCCUUAAUAAAAGGAAUGGCUUCAAAAUGCUUAUCAGAACCUUGUUUACCUUCGUCUUCCCCCAUAAAGCUUCCUCCUAAACCAUAAUAGGCUAACAAAAUCACAAAUUAAAAAACACAAGUAAAAAUACAAAAUAUUUAACUUAAAGACAGUUUUGUUCCAAAAUUUGUAUUUGUUGAAAACAGAGAUUGUUUUAUUGGACAUAGAAAGUUCCAGGAAUAUUAAUUCCAUUGUUUCCCUGCCCCCACCCCACCCCACCCCAAUUGUAUUGUUUUGCAAAAUAACUUGUUGCCUUGAAAACUCAUGGAACAAAUAAAAUCAUGUCGAGUGUGGAUUAAAGUGUUUAGCUAAGUUUUCAGGUACCUAAACAAUUUUUUCUUGCUAUUUGCACCAAAAUAACCAGCAGUCUCAUUUUACAAAGAGCAACAUCAUGCAAAUUAAGCAAACCAAUAAAAUAAGCUUGAGGGGUUCAUUUUUGUACCUGUAUUUACAUCAAAUUCCACAAUAUACUACAGCCUUCUCCCCUUUCAGAUUUACAGAACUAAAUAUUGCUAAUUAUUAGCAGAAGCAGUAAGCAGUUGAUGACUGGGGUUCAUAAAGGAAUGAAGAAGAAAAAAAGCAAUUGAGUUCCUGGAGCAAAUCUUGAGGCCAUACAACCCUUGGUCGUUAGAGAGGUUAAAGCUGUCCUUUAUUCAGUAGAUCUUAACAGUGCAAUGUGCAAUAAAUUCCUUCUUUAAAAAAAUUCAGCAGGAGACACCAGCACAGCUCCUUGAUUCAAGGAAAGAAGAUGCAUAUUUCUUGAUUGUUCUAUUCAUGUAGGCCUGUAAAAACCUUCAACUAUUUUUAAAAACACAACAUGAUUCCUAUAGCCGGAUGCCUUGUUACUUCAGUAAUAAAGGCUUCACACUGAGAUACUGAAGGACACUUUUCUCUCUGUGUUCAAGUGAAAAGUAGAAAGAGAAGUAAACGUAAGAAAAGCUUAAAAAGAUACAGAAGAGAUAUAAAAAAGUAAAGUGACUACAAGAACUAGGAGGACACAAUAGAAAUGGUUUAAGCAAUGAUAAAGAAGAAGGGAGACAGAAUGCCAAGAGUAAAAUACUAUAUAAUGGCAUUUGGGCACCACUGUUGUACUGUAACUGCAAGCCUAUGCAUGAUUACCCAGAAACAAGUCCCAUUACUUUCAAUAGGACUUACUCCCAUGUAAAUGUGUAUAGGAUUGCAGCCUUUCAAUUCCUUUAGCUAUGCUCUUACAGUACAUGCAUACUAUACAGGGCUGUGCAUAUGCUGGAAGUCUCCGUGACUGACAGAGAAGAAAGCACAAGUGGUGCUACUUGGGGUAGAACUCAAGUUUCAUAAUAAUUCAUGGUUGUUUUUUUAAAGAUAGGGUUUCAAGUCCUUAGGACUGCAAAGAUAUGCUUGAAAACAAGUUUUUCAGGAGCUGGAGGGGUGGGGGCUGAACAGUAUUCCCAAUGUACACAAAAGGCCAGGGAUACUUCUGUGCCCUCAACAUGACUGAAAUAAAUCAUGCAAAAUAGUAAAAAUGACAGUUAAAUAAAAUAAGAAGCAUUGCGCUUAAUUUAUUUAAUUCGCAGAAUCCAGAACCACAAAACCUAAACUGUUUCUGGGUGUAAUUUUUUUAAAAAAAUCUGUUUCUAUAGAGUCUGCAUGGCUCUGAUCAUAUAUCACAUUCUAAAAUGGGUAUUACUGUAGCCUCAAAAUGUAUAUGCUUGAGAAAAUGACCAACUUAUAUGCAGUAUAAUACAGCUGGCUCUUUAGAGGCAGUUAACAUAAAGGUUACACUGGCACAGGAUUGCACAGGAGUCCCCAAAUGAACAACGCAAUGUCAUUUUUUUGGAUAGUGAUUUGCUACUAUACACUGUGAUUUAUAAUUGGAGACAUAUAUGAGAAAAGCAAGGUGGAUUUAGAAGACUGGACACUCCUUGCCUGGGUAGAUAAGUAAGUGUCACAUGCUGGCUUAGCUUGAAUACAGUAAGCAAGAGCCAUUUAAUGCAAGCGGUACUGACAACUGUUAAUGCAAAUUGCACUUGUUUUCAUUUAUAAAUGUUAGUUUUUUACUCCUCUGUAAAUGAAAGCAAUCUCAUUUACAUGUUGGGCAGAAAACUCACCACUUGGCCCACAUCUCAUGUAGUGGGGGUAAUAGAAUUAGGAGCUUUGUUGCUCCCUAGACCUGCUUUUUGAAUUUCUGUUUUCUGGUUUAGCUUCCACAUCUGCAGAAGAAAAGCAUUUUGUGUUACUUGUUCAGCAGGGGAGGAAAUCACCUGAUGUUGCAACAUAUACUGUUAGGUACUACUGACCAAAAGUUCACAAAAAUGGAGAGGAACAAAAAGGGAAGGUAGGAACACAACUGGAGGCUCUACAACUGUAUUCUGUCUAAUAGACUGCAAUAACAAGAACAUUUAUGGAACUGUGCAGCAAAACAUGUGCAUUUGAUUUAUGCAUCCUACCAAUAAAGUCUGCAAAGCAGCAAAUUAUCCUUGCAUGCAAUAAAAUGGAACAUGCAAAAUCAAAUUAUCUGAAAUUAGCUAUUUGCUUAGAAAAGUAAGUCUUCAAGCAAGCAAGCCUUUCCUUGCAAGCAAAACAACCGUCCCAAUUCACAGAACAAUUAAUCAAGUGUCUCAUGCUUCUCUUGGGAUGCUGAACCUGUAUUUAAUUCUCUGACUUAGGGUCAAUUCAUGCAAUUUUAAAAAAAAGUGCACUGAAAGGCCCGUGUACAGCAUCAACUAUAUAAUUCCUUUGUCACUCAUUCAAUUCCAAACACACCUACUAGGAAGUAAGUCCCAUCAAACAAAGUAGGUCCACUUAUAAAAGGAGAAUGAUGUCACAGUUAAGUUAGGUGAGAAAGCACAAUGCCAGUAUCUGCUUCCUGGCCUGCAAGAUCAGACUUGACCACCAGUAACACUAUGGACAGAACAGUGUCGUAUUGUCUGUGUGGGUUUUGGGACUUAAGACAUCAGGUUGUGUUGCCAAAAUAGCCUGUCCUCACAAUGUUACUCAGAGCUGGGACGAGUGAUUUUGACACACCUGCCUGGUGGAGUACUACCAAGGGAACCUUGCCAAGGCAGAGGUUUUGCCCAACACUAAAGGGUUGGGGAUGACCUACUGCUACCCCAAAAAAUCAGAAAAGUUGCCCUCUGCACUAUAAGCAUCUGCUUGGAAGCAGUGAAAGCACCCAUAGAGGCAUAUAAACAAAACCACAUCAAAUGCAAAAUUGAAGACAGAAAGAACAGCACUGAAGAAAAGAGCUGAAUAUAGAAUUAAAGAAAAAACAGAAGGCAGUUAGUUCAUACUUUCCUCAGGGGGGAAAAGCAAAACAAAUUCUCACAAAUACCAGUGCUGGAGCAGUCAGGAAGGUACUGAGCGGAGAGAGGCCAAGCCCCUUGAAUUCUACACCGUCAGGGCAAUGGGCUGGUUUCUGACCAAAACAUUUAUCGGCUAGCCCUAACUGGUAGUGAAUUCGCACUUACUGGCACAGACCCUAUAUGUGGGACUGCACAGAGAGCGCAAAAGAAGCAGCAAGAAGUUAUCAGCCAGCAUUUACAGGACAUUUUGUCAGUUGUGACAAGAUUUUUUAGAAAAGUUAUAUCUGUGAAGGACUUUUCCCCCUGACUCUUCCUCAAACAUCACUGAAUUCUUCAUGUAUCACAAAUGUAAAUAAUUAAGACAAAAUGGAAUUAAAGUAGCUUGCAUAAAAUACAAUAGUUUAAAGGUGUAAUUUAGUUAUUUGCUCCUCUUGUCUUUUUAAGAUGGGGACAAAAAAAGCGCAAGUCUUUUGGUCCCUGGGGGUGGCCAGAUAGCUGAGAACUAAGUGAGUUCUUCCUGUAGCAUUCUGAUUUUGCUGCUCCUGGGAGUAAAGUAGCAAUCUUCAGUCUCUAAAUAGGAUGCCAAUCAAAAUUAGGAAAGGCAUUUUUCAUUUUCCCAGAAACUUAUUUUUCCUAAUGCAAGUUUUAAACACAUCUCACUUAUUAUAAUAACUUCUACUUUCCUAAAAACAAACAGAUGGAUAUUGAAGAUCCAAAGAACCAUAAAACUAAGUUUUUUGCGUGCAAAGGGGCUUCGUGCUUAUUUUCAUGAACAACGGUCCACCACACCACAUGGCAAAUCACUACUGAAGGUGAGGGAACUCUCAGAGAUGGAUUG